AUGCCAUUUGGCUGUUUAACAAUCGGGGAAAAGAAGGAUUAUAACAAUCCUUCGGACGUGACAGACAAAUAUGACCUGGGUCAGAUUGUUAAAUCGGAGGAGUUCUGUGAGAUAUUCAGGGCCAAGGACAAAACUACAAUGAAAAUGUACACGUGUAAAAAGUUCCUGAAAAAGGAUGGAAGGAAAGUCCGCAAGGCUGCGAAAAAUGAGAUCCUCAUCUUAAAGAUGGUGAAGCAUUCCAACAUUCUCCAACUGGUGGACGUCUUCGAGACCAAAAAAGAAUACUUCCUCUUCCUCGAACUUGCAACAGGCAGAGAGGUGUUUGACUGGAUCCUGGACCAAGGUUACUACUCAGAGCGAGACACCAGCAACGUGGUGCGCCAGGUGUUGGAGGCUGUCGCCUACCUCCACUCCCUGCGUAUUGUUCACAGAAACCUCAAGUUGGAGAACUUGGUUUAUUACAACCGCCUGAAGCACUCUAAAAUAGUCAUCAGUGACUUCCAUCUUGCUAAGUUGGAGAACGGACUAAUCAAGGACCCCUGCGGGACACCGGAGUACCUGGCUCCAGAGGUGGUUGGAAGACAGCGGUAUGGCAGGCCAGUGGACUGCUGGGCAACAGGUGUCAUCAUGUACAUACUGCUGUCAGGCAACCCUCCUUUCUAUGAUGAAACUGAUGACGAUGAUUAUGAAAACCAUGACAAGAACCUGUUCCGAAAGAUCCUGGCAGGAGAUUAUGAGUUCGACUCUCCGUACUGGGAUGACAUCUCUGAUUCAGCUAAGAGUCUGGUUGCACGUCUGAUGGAGGUGGAUCAAGACCAGAGACUGACAGCCCAGGAGGCUAUAAACCAUGAAUGGAUCUCCGGCGGUGCAGCUUCAGAUAAGAACAUCAAGGAGAAUGUGUGUGCACAAAUAGAGAAGAACUUUGCCAGAGCUAAAUGGAAGAAAGCUGUGCGUGUCACCACCAUCAUGAAGAGACUGAGAGCACCUGAGCAGAGUGAGUCAAGGGCAACCAGCCCUGCAGCCGGGGCCCCAGCAGACGGCGCAGCUCCCCAGGCUGCCGCUGACCCCUCCGCGCCUUCAUCUGCCGCGACACCUGAGGGGGCGCCCGCUGCCGUCACAGGAGCGGAGAUAAGCCAACCGGGGCCCGAGGCCGGAGCCGGGGUGGCAGCCCCGGCCGCGGAGCCGCAGCAGCCGAGCCCGGCGCCGCAGGAGGCAGAGCCCGCGUCGCGCUGUAACGGAGAAGCUUCGGCCGCUCUCCACGCGGCCACCGAGGCCGGGGACGAGCAGGGCUAG